AUGAAUGUUUGUAGUCAGGAGAUGGCAAUUCUGUGGAUCUACGUAGUGAAGGCGAGACAGGGUAGUGGAUCAAACACAAUAAUACAACAGAACGUGCCUGCUGUGGUACACGGAAUACACGUGAUACAGAAUGAUUUUGAACCUCUUCUAAAUCCUGGGAGUGGAUAUGAACCAGUUGACCUCCCUUUCAAUACUAAUGGAACUGCUUCAAAUGUUUCCAAAAUACCAGAACUGUUUUCUUCUCCUUAUGACCAACUGUUUGAUAAUGUAACACAAAACCUUCUCAAUGGCUUCAUUGCCCUUAUUUGCAUUUUGGGCCUGCUGGGAAACGGAAGGACAAUUCACCUCCUGGCCUUUUCCAUUAAGAGGAAUCCUUUCACCACCUUCAUCCUGAAUCUCUCCAUCGCUGAUUUUGGGGUCCUCACAUCCCUCGUUAUGGCAGAAAUAUUUGUGUCGGUGUUUACUCUGAGUCACAGAACCUACAUUCUCAAUGCCUUUUUCUUCUUACUUUUUGAGUUCUUUUUCUUCACCUAUUCUGCCAGCCAGUUUCUGCUGACAGCCAUCAGCCUGGACAGAUGUUUGGCUGUUCACUUCCCAGUCUGGCAUCGCUGCCAUCGUCCUCCAUAUUUGCCCAGUCUUGUUUGUGGCCUCAUCUGGAUCCUCUCCUUCCUGCUCUCUGCGGUGCACUUCAUUCUCCACCUGACCAGGACCUAUGGAAGGUCCCCUUUGUUUUACCAGCUUGUUGUCAAUGGAUUGCUUUGCACGCCUUUCAUGGUUGUGUCUACUGUGACCCUCUCGAUUUACAUAAGGUCUAAAAUGCAACGCAAUCAAAGGAAGCUUCUCACCACCAUCUUUCUGGCUCUCCUUUGCUUCCUCCUUUUCUCUCUCCCAAUGAAUGUCUUUUACACCAUGGAACAUUUUGGUUCCUAUAAGCCCCUCCUCCUAAUCAUUGGGAUAGGAUGUGCCGCUCUCAACAGCAGCAUCAACCCACUCCUUUAUUUCUUAGUGGGGAGGAAGAAGAGGGGGAAAGGUCAGCCCAGAGCAUCUUACAAGGUUGCUUUGCAAAGAGUCUUCAAGGAUGAGCAGGGAAGCCUAGAAGAGCCGUCAUCCAUGAAGGAAAGCCAGUUGUGAAGAGUCAUAAAUAUUGCA